GUUUUUAUGAGAGUAAAUCUCGCCCGGGACGAGGUCUGUAUAGUUUUCAGGACUUCAGAAGUUGGAAGUAUCACUGCCAAAACUUCAAUCUCAAUGUAUUUCUCACGAAAUCUGGUCGUUGUGGUAGCCACCCUCUUCCACUGCGGAAUGUGCAAGACUACCAUUUCUCCUUCAAUAUCGCCAUGUACUACCUCAUCUAUCCCAGAGCCCACUCCAUCAGAGAACCCCGGAAUGAGCAAUGGUCUCGCCUUGACACCCCCUAUGGGAUGGAGCAGCUGGAACCAAUUCGGCGAUCAGAUCGACGAAGAGCUCAUCAAGAACACCAUGAACGCAAUGGCCUCAAAUGGAUUAAGAGAUGCCGGAUAUGUCUUCAUCAACCUCGAUGAUGGUUGGCAACGCUACAAAGGAAACAGAUCCGAUCAUCCCCUGGAAGUGGACCCCGUCAAGUUUCCCGGUGGCAUGAAAUCCCUCGCUGAUUAUGCUCACGCGAAUGGGUUCAAGCUGGGUAUAUAUUCUGGUCCUGGCCAGAUGACUUGUGCGGGGUAUACUGGAAGCGAAGGACAUGAAGACGAGGAUGCAGCGAUGUUCGCAUCGUGGGGAAUCGAUCACUUGAAAUACGACAGCUGUUGCUCGAGCGGGGAAGAUGCACCCAGGUCUGAAAUGGAGGAGAUUGCUUCAAAGAUGUCGAAAUCACUCCUCGCGCAGUCACAUCCCACCGUCUACCAUUUCUGCCAUUGUGGAUGGGCAGACGUCUGGGAAUGGGCUGCAAGCGAAGGAGCGAAUCAAUGGCGCAUUGGCCAGGAUAUCUCAGACGACUUCAACUAUCCUGGAAAUCGCGAGAAGUACUAUUUCGAUGUGCUAGAUAUGCUGGAUCGUGGGAACAAUCUUGUGCAGUACUCUGGGCCUGGGCAUUGGAAUGAUUACGACAUGUUGAUUGUGGGGUUGAAUGGGAAUAGUUCUCAGCUUGUGGGGACAGGAGCGUCGAAUAUUGAGUACAGAACGCAUUUCAGUAUGUGGGCGAUGGUGGCUUCACCACUUCUUAUUGGAUCCGAUGUUCGAACUCUUGAUGCGUACGAUCUGGAAACGCUUUCAAACAAUGAAGUAAUCGCAAUCAAUCAGGAUUCACUUGGGAUUUCAGCCGAGACUGUUGGGAUUGGUAAAGAUGAAAACUUGCAAGUAUACGCGAAGGAGAUGUCAGAUGGAAGUUAUGCUGUUGCUCUGUUGAAUCGUGGGAGCUUCACAGCUGAGAUGAGUGUGAGUCCACGUCGAGACUUGACCAUGGAAUGGGAUACAUAUCGUGUGCGAGAUCUGUGGAAACACAAGGAAGGAAUGUACGAUGUGCCGUACACUGUGGAAGUGAUGCCACACGAAGCGAAGAUUCUUCGAUUGUGGGAGGUCCCAGCAAAUGCUUCUAUGUGUUUCUUCCAAUGA